UCGAGGGAAAAAAAUUUCAGGCAAAAGCUCUUCUAGAUCCUCGCCUUUUCUAUACCACCUUCCUCUCACACUCAAUCCAACCCCAACUUCCUUUUCUUCACUAUCUCCCAUACCCGAACCACAUCUUCAAGUAAACGGUUUUUGAUUGUUUCGACCUUUUCCUGCCCUAUAGACAAGUGCAAGAGCACCAUCUUUUAAUCCCCUUUCUCCGUGCCACCUUACAUCCAGCCAAAAUGGCCCAGCUUCCUGUCGCUCUUUACGGGCUGGAGAUUCCUCCCGGCGAAGUCCUCAUCCCCGCCUCUCCCGACUUCCCUGCUACGUUCCGCAUCACCAUGGCCGCCAUUGAUCCUACCGAGGCUCCUGAAGCCGAUGCUGAUGGCAACAUCCCCACCAUCCCCCGCUCUACCCUGCGUCUGGUCAAGCAGCGUUUCGGCGAUGACCUUGAGGCCAACGAGGACGACGAGAUCGACGAGGACUACCUCAAGUCCCUCCUUGCCGCCAACGGCGACGAAGAGUCGUCUGAUGACGAUGAUGAGCCCAACGGUGGCCCCAGCGACCCUUCCAAGAAGCAGAAGCAGGCCGAGUCUCUUAAGAAGCUGAUCGAGGCUGUUACCGCCGAGGAGUCGGACGAGGACAUGGACGACGCCAAGCCCAACGGCAAGUCCAGCAAGAAGGGCAAGGCUAAGGCCUCUGACGACGAUGACGAGGAGGAUGAGGAGGACAGUGAGGACGAGGAUGACGACGGUCUUGACCUCGAGAACUUUGUCCUUUGCACCCUCGACACCGAGCGCAACUACCAGCAGCCCCUUGACAUCACCGUCCAAGAGGGCGAGAAGGUCUUCUUCGUUGUCUCCGGCACCCACACCGUCCACCUUACCGGUAACUAUGUUAUCGACGACGAGGAGGAGGGCUCCGAUGAGGACGAGGAUGACGAGGACGGCGAGUACGACCUGUCUCCCGAUGAGCUUGAGUACGGCAUGGAUGGCCUGUCCGACGAGGACAGCGACGAACUUGACGACACUGCCGACCCCCGCGUCAUGGAGGUCGACACCGACGAGGAGGAGGUCCCCAAGCUGGUUGAGGCCGGCAAGAAGGGCAAGAAGCGCGCCGCCGAGAGCCUCGACGACCUCAUCAAGGCCGACGCCGCCGACUCCAAGCUCUCCAAGAAGGACAAGAAGAAGCUCAAGAACAACAAGGGCGAGGCUGUCGCUACCGAGGAGAAGACCACCCCCAAGUCCGACAAGAAGGUCCAGUUCGCCAAGAACCUCGAGCAGGGCCCUACCGGCUCCGCCGAGAAGGCCAAGCAGGCUAGCAAGCCCGCUGCCGGCGUCAAGGUCGUCCAAGGCGUCACCAUUGACGACCGCAAGGUCGGCUCCGGCCGUGCUGUCAAGAGCGGCGACACCGUCGGUGUCCGCUACAUUGGCAAGCUCGACGACGGCAAGGUUUUUGAUGCCAACAAGAAGGGCAAGCCUUUCUCCUUCAAGGCCGGCAAGGGCCAGGUCAUCAAGGGCUGGGACAUUGGUGUCCUCGGCAUGACGAUCGGUGGUGAGCGCCGCCUGACCAUCCCCGCCCACCUUGCCUACGGCUCCAAGAGCCUGCCUGGCAUCCCCGCCAACAGCACCCUGACCUUCGACGUCAAGCUGCUCGAGAUCAAGUAAACGGUUACCUGCUGAACAGCACGACCGCCUUCGGCGACGAAACGCCGACUCAGGAUGCUUCCCACUGUAUUCUACACACCUGCCCAGCGAGCCUGCCAUGAAAGACAUGGCUUGGACUGGCUUAGGCCCCCUCGAGGGUCCCAGACGUUGACUUUCCCUUGUAAUGAUGUGUGACGGCGAAAAAAAGGAAUCGUCAUGUCGCGCUUUGCGCCGUGCCGCAAUGGAUAGUCUCCGACCUGUGGCUGUCUGCGAAGAUCCGCAACCGCUUUGUGGCUGCGAGAAGCAGAGUCUAUUCGAUGGGAUGACGAGGCGAGGACUUACACUGCAUGGAUUGGCGUACCAUUAAAAUGAGUUUUCUGUUGAUGUAGGAUUUUUCUUCACCGGACACGAAUGGUUUCUUCCGAUCGGGCUGUACUUAGCUCCGUUUUGUUUCCCCUGAACACGAAAAAAAGACCAUCUCCU